CAUACAACAGAGAAGACACAAAACUAAAAUAUAGAAAUAUAUCCUUCCUGUUAAGUUUUCCAGAGAUAUGGCUAAGUCUUCUGCACUAUGCUUCUUGUUCUUCCUUCUGUUCAUCGUCUCAUUAGGUGGAGAUAAGAUGGUAGCGGAAGCUAAACACUGCUUGAAGACUUGGAAUUGCAACACUACAGAUAUCUGUUGGGAUGACUGCAAGAGCCGCUACGGUGGGAAAGGACUUUGUGACCUUAUCCCUACUCCUUUUGUUCCUAAACAGUGCCUUUGCUCUUAUGAAUGUUGAGAGAGGAGAAAAAUAUACAUUAUGAAUAAGUCUUAAUAAUAAUAAAAAUGUCAUAGUUACAUAUAUGGUAACCAAAAUGUGUAUGCUUGACUUAUGAAUGUUAGGGCAUCUUAAAGCUAAGAUAUUCUAACAACAAAGCAUCAAAUGUAUAAGGCAUCCAAUGAUAUAAGCAUAUAAUAACAUAAAUAAACAAUGACUAAAGCAUCUCAUUAAAUCAAAUACAAUAUAUGCAUUAAGCAUCAUAUAAUUCUCAUUCCUAAACAAUGAACGACUUAACUAGCCAUAGAGGAGAUCGAUUAGACCACCAUUGAAGAUGAAGGCAUCUCCAUUGCUCUGACAGAAUCUCUCCUCUCCUGUGGUUGCUAACUCGAGCUCACUAGGGAUAGAGUGUGUGUAAAAGCUAAAGCCUAAAUCUCUACUUAUAGUAUAUAGAAGAAGGGAUAUUCUAGGGAUUUGCUCCUAAAAGGCGGCCAAAAGAGUCCUUAUACCAUUGAGAUGCGAAUUUCUUGACUUGGGAUCGAAGUAUAGCAUAUUCCAUAAUCUUCAAUGGAACUAGACCAGCGCGGCCCAACAACGAUCACCACUGCCAUGACAUUCCUUCCUCCAAAUGGGAUGAUUUUUAGUGGACGACUCCAUCAUGGGCUUAUUGAGCUGCUCCUCCAAUUUCAACUCGUUUGGCUUCAUUUGACCCUUAAGCUUUCAUAAAUAUGGUUCUCUAGGCCAUCAAAUGAGCAUUUGAAGUCCAAAUCCAUCUAUGUUUGAACCUAUGAGCUUGUAUUCUCGUCUUUCUUAUAAUCCAUAUGGUGAUCCAUACUCCUAUAGACUGUAUUACAUCCCUAAAAUGCACAACAUAACACCAAAUGACGUAAAAUACUACAAAAACACACUCAAUCUCUAUCUUAGGAUUAAUCAACGUUAUAAUGUGAAUGUCAUCAAUUAGUUAAUGCGUGCUUUCACUUCAUGCCACUAACUAAUCAAUUAAAAAAUAAGAAAGUAAGGAUAGCACUUUGCUAUUUAGAACCAAAUAUACCAGCCUAGUAUAGGGUGGUAACUGAUGGUAGAUGAUGAAAGAUGACAAUUAGUAUAUUCCUACUAUCAUGUAUGCAACUAUUCCAUAAUAUGGUAUAUUCAUACCACAAUGAUACACUUCCAUACCACCAUGGUACACUCUUAUAUACUAUGAAUCAUUAUCACCAGAGUAUAGACUAGUAAUAUAAAGUCUCAAAAUUUUGUUUUAAAAUAUAUCCAAGUUGAUGUUACUUUGAAGAGCGCGAUUAAUAUGAUUUUUUUACAUUGUUUUUGAAUUCUAACUUAAAACAAAAGAAGUAUAUCCCAUUAAAUUUAUUUGAUCAACAUGGUAUAAUCUUAUAUACUAUGAAGCAUCAUCACCAUAGUAUAGACUAGUAAUAUAAGUCUCAAAUUUUUUGUUUUAAAAUAUUAUCAAAGUUUAUGUUACUUUGAAGAGCACGAUUAAUUUGAUUUUUUUACAAAAUACUUUUUUGAAUUCUAACUUGAAAAAAGAGGUAUGCCCAUUAAAUUUAUUUGAUCAACCUGCAACCAAUUUUUGUUACCAAACAAAUCCACUAACAUUUACUUCUUGACUACACUAUUAACAUGCUAGGACGAUAUUAGCCGACAAAAGAAAAUAAUUAUGAAUUUUCCUUAUCUCCCUUAUUUUUACAUUAAUAUCUUGCCUUUUUUUUUCAUUCUCCAUCUAUUUCUUCUUGUUAUAAUUCUCCAUCUUUUUUGUAAGCAAUUAUGAUGUUGCCUUAUGUUCUUCUACAUUUUAUGCCAAUAUAUCUAUUGAGGCGUU